AUGUCUCUCGCCAAUGGGCAUGCGUCCGUCGGUGACGCGGACCUGCUGAAGCCAACGCCGCAGCCCACGCGUAGCGAGAGCGAGCUAUCCGAUCUACACGAUGUUCCUACCAAUACCAUGCCAUCAACGAGCGCACCGCAGGAAGAGGUCCAUUCCGAUGAUGAUGCCAUUCACGAUAUGGCCACCUCCGAGUUGGACGAGGAUGAAGAUGCGCCCGGAGAGGAGGAUGCAGACUUUGACGAGGAGACCCCUCCGCCGGCGCAGCCGGACGGUAUGGACCACGACAGAUCAUCGUCCGAAUCCAUCUCGAGGCCUGGAAAGCGGAAAGCCGAGGUCGACGAUGAAGAAUAUAUGAAGCAGAAUCCUGAGUUGUAUGGGUUGCGGCGUAGUGUGAGUGCUGAAAACCUUGCACUAACACUGCCUCACUGACACUCUUUCCACAGGGCCGAGCAAGACCUACCCGUCGACUGGUAUGUGCACCUCGAUAAAGUCGAUGGAAGUGGUUGACUGAUGUUCGCGAAAGGUUGAAAGCUCCGAUGAAGAAGAGGAAGAAGACGAGGACGAUGUCAACAACGGAAGGAGGCGGAAGCGGCAGAAGAUUACUGGCGCCAAACCGCGUAUGUGUUCAAUACCAUCCCGACCCGCCUACAACAUGAUGUUCGCUGACCGGAGAGCACAGCUACCUCACGCGACGACAGAGAGUCUUCACGCCCGGGCUCCUCAGCUCGGUCUGAGUCAGAAGAGGAUGAUACCUACGGAGGUCAACGCGGCCGCAGUUUCGCGAAAAAGCAGAGGCAGAAGCUGCAGAGCAUGACCUCUGGCAGUGGUACACCACAGUUGAGCGAAGUUCGCUUUUCGACCCGCCGAGCGGCCAAGGUAACGAACUACAAUGAGGACGACAACUUCGAUCUCAGCGACGAGGACACGGAAAACAUGACCCCCAACUACUGGACAUAUGCCGAGGAAGACAAUUCGCCCGCCAUAGAUGUGGUUCUCAACCACCGCGUGAAGGAGGGUGCAGGUUUGUAGCCGCCUCUAUUCUCUGACGCUGGGUCUUCCUACUGACAUUCUGCGACAGAGCCAAACCCUCCUGACAAGCAUGACUUUGAAUUCUACGUAAGCUCGCAUUCUACCACAGAAAAUCUUGUGACGAGACUGACGAGGGCCAGAUCAAAUGGCAAGGUCAAGCAUAUUAUCAUGCAACGUGGCAUCCCUGGGCCGAAUUGUCCUCCUAUCGUGGCUUCCGCCGACUUGAAAAUUAUUUCCGCAAGACCGUCAAAGUCGAACUCAGCUUGGCACAAGACCCCGAUACCGCCAUUGAAGAUCGAGAACGGUGGAAUCUCGAACGCGAAGCCCGUCUCGAUGAGCAGAACGACUACAUGAAGGUUGAGCGCGUCAUCAGUGCAAGAGAAGGCGAGGAUGGAACCGAAUACUUGGUCAAAUGGAAAGGCCUAUACUACGAGUCUUCCACUUGGGAGCCUGCAAGCCUCGUCAGUCAAGAAGCUCAGGUCGAGAUAGAUCGCUACUUGGAUCGAUCAGCCAAGCUUCCGGUCUCUGACAAGACCGAAUCGAACCUCAGCACAAGGUCUGCCUACAAACCGUUCCGGAGCCAACCAUCUUACAUCAAGGGUGGUGAGCUUCGGGAGUUCCAGAUUCACGGUGUUAACUUCCUGGCCCACCACUGGUGCAAAGGCAACAAUGUCAUCCUCGCAGACGAGAUGGGACUCGGCAAGACCGUGCAGACUGUGUCCUUCAUGAACUGGUUGCGGCACGACCGUCGACAACACGGUCCAUUCAUCGUCGUCGUCCCCCUAUCUACGAUGCCGGCUUGGGCAGAUACAUUCAACAACUGGACACCCGACAUCAACUACGUGGUGUACAAUGGUCCUGAGCCCUCGCGAAAGAUAAUUCGUGAGCAUGAGCUUCUCGUGGAUGGGAACCCGAAGAAGGUCAAGUUCAACGUUCUACUCACCACCUACGAAUACAUCUUGGCAGACUCUGGCUUCCUUUCGCAGCUAAAGUGGCAAUUCAUGGCAGUGGACGAGGCUCACCGGCUGAAGAAUCGCGAAUCGCAGCUCUACGGGAAGCUCAUGGACUUUGGCGCGCCCAGCAGAUUACUGAUCACUGGAACUCCCAUGCAGAACACACUCAGCGAGUUGUCCGCGCUUAUGGACUUCUUGAUGCCUGGCAAGAUCCAUGUCGAGGAAGACAUUGACCUGACGUCGGAACAUGCCAGCAGAAAGCUGGCCGAGCUCACCGACGCUAUCUCGCCCUAUAUGAUCCGACGUACCAAGCAGAAGGUUGAGAACGACCUUCCUCCAAAGACGGAGAAGAUCAUUCGUGUCGAGCUCUCUGACGUGCAGCUGGAAUACUACAAGAACAUCCUCACUCGGAAUUACGCCGCACUCAACGCUGGUUCCAAGGCACAAAAAACCUCCUUAUUGAACAUCAUGAUGGAGCUGAAGAAAGCCAGCAACCACCCGUUCAUGUUUCCCAACGCCGAAGACCGCAUCUUGGCCGGUAGUGAAAGCCGAGAAGAUCAACUCAAAGCCUUGAUCACAUCAAGUGGCAAGAUGAUGCUGAUAGAUCAGCUUCUUACCAAGAUGAAGAAGGACGGGCAUCGUGUUCUUAUUUUCAGUCAGAUGGUUAAGAUGUUGGACAUCCUUGGCGACUAUCUGACCCUCCGAGGGUACCAAUUUCAGAGACUGGAUGGUACAAUUCCAUCUGGGCAAAGACGCAAUGCUAUCGACCACUUCAACGCGGCAGACAGUCACGACUUUUGCUUUCUCUUGUCGACUCGUGCGGGCGGUCUUGGAAUCAACCUUAUGACAGCGGAUACUGUCAUCUUGUUCGACUCGGACUGGAAUCCACAGGCGGAUCUGCAAGCAAUGGCUCGAGCACACCGUAUUGGACAGAAGAACCCGGUCACAAUCUACCGGCUUGUCUCUAAAGAUACGGUGGAGGAAGAGGUCCUCGAGCGUGCACGUAACAAACUGAUGCUGGAAUUUAUCACCAUUCAGCGCGGUGUCACUGAUAAGGAUGCCCGCGAACUUGGCGAUCGCAUGGCGCGCGUUGGUGCCAGCGUGGCUGAGCCUACCUCUUCGGAUGACAUUUCCAUGAUUCUGAAGAAGCGUGGCCAAAAGAUGUUCGAGCAGUCUGGCAACCAACGCAAGCUUGAAGAGCUGGAUAUCGACGCCGUGCUCGAGAACGCUGAAGAGCACAAGACGGAGCAGCCCGAAGGCAUGACCACUGAUGGCGGCGAGGAGUUUCUGCGUAGCUUCGAAUACACCGACGUCAAAAUUGAUCUCGAAUGGGACGACAUCAUUCCUAAGGCUGAGCUCGACAAACUCAAGGAGGAGGAGCGCAAGAGAAAAGAAGAGGAGGCUCUCGAAUCCAUCAUUGAGCAGAAUCAACCACGAAAGCGGAAAGCGCCAGCUGACGAGAGCCGUGAUCAGCGCGCUGCUAAAAAGCGAGCGCGCGAUAUGAUGCCUGCGGAGGAGAUUGAAUCUGACGGCGAUGAUUCCGACCAUGGCGUUGAUCCGAGGCGACCUCUGGGCGAGAAAGAGUGCCGUCACCUAAUCCGUGCGUAUGAGCGCUUUGGCGCAAUGGAAGAGAAGCAGGACGAGAUCAUUAAAGAGGCUCGUCUGGUUGGCCGAGAAGUCGACGUCGUCAAGGACACUCUCAAAGAGAUCAUCGAUACCGCCAUUCGGCUACAGAAAGACCACGUCGAGGAACUCGCCGAGAUCGAGCGUACGACGAAUAAAGCCGUCACGAAGAAAGAGAAGAAGGCGGUUCUCUUCGACUUCCGUGGCGUCAAGCGUCUGAACGCGCAGACUCUGACGGAACGCCCUGAGGAGAUGCGAAUGAUUCGGAAUUGCGUUGAUCAAUGCUCAGAUUGGAGGACCUUUCGUGUUCCAGAAGCCUCCAAACCUGCCUCUUAUACUUGCGACUGGGGUGCCAAGGAGGAUGGCAUGCUUUGUGUCGGCAUUGCACGUCAUGGAUAUGGUGCCUGGGUGCCAAUCCGCGACGAUCCCGACCUGGGACUGCAGGAAAAGUUCUACUUGGAAGAACACAGGGUCGGCGCCAAAGAGGAGCGUAGCAAAGCUGGUGAGGAAAGCAAAGUGGCCAAGUCACCUGGUGCUGUUCAUUUGGUGCGCCGAGCGAACUACCUACUGAGCGUGCUGAAGGACAAGACCAGUAACGGCACUAACAUUGCAGCCAAGAAGGCUCUGGAGAAUCAUCAUCGCAACAACAGGAAGCAUCUUGGACAGUUCCAUGGGCGCAUGGCCACUCCUGGUCAGUCUGGCAGUCCUGGUCCCAACAGCACUCGCAAGCUGCACCAAUCCGACAUUCGGAACAGCAUCGACCGUCGCUUCGGCUCACACGCAUCUCCGAACGGUCAUCGGCACGGUUCGAGUCACACUAAGUAUCGUCAAUCUGAGGAGCGGCGACCUCAGCAUCAACGGCACGGGAGCUCGCCCAUGGCCAAUGGCGUGUCGAAGCCUCUUUCUGAGGCGGAGCAGCGCGUUCGCAAACUGCUCGAUCCGAUUAGUGGUACACUCGACAAGGUCUCCGGCGCCACCAAAAAGAAGGUCCCUGACGAUGACGCCCGACUGAAGAUGAUUAAGCAAGGUCUUGUAGCGAUUGGCAACCACAUCUCGACCCAGGUCCGCGGCCUAGGUCAAGAAUCUAUCGAAAACAAGCUCUGGGACUUUGUUGCAGAGCACUACUGGCCGCAAUCAAAGUCUAACGACAAGCGGGUCUCCGGGAACAAGCUGCGUGAUAUGUACAAGAAGAUCUCCGGCAAAGACAGCAAAGAAAGCGCGAGUGGUACGAAGACAAGCCCGAGCGUGUCCAAGAGCGGACCGGCUGCCAGCUCUUCUUCUGCGACCAACGGGGCUACGGUGAAGACGGAAGCCAACCCAGAAAAGAGCGAGCCUGCCAAGGAAGACGUCAAGCAGGAUCCAACAGCAUCCAAGGUUAAGGAAGAGACGGCUGAGGACUCGAAGGAGCACGAGACUCAAUCUGGGGCCGCUGAAGACGUUGAGAAGGACGUUUCUCUUGAGAAAGCGAAAGAAGUUCUCCCAGAGAAAGACGAGCAGUAG